AUGAGCUCCCACAUAGUAACAUUGAAUACUCAAGAGGUUAGAGAAAGAAACAAGAAUCGGAAUGAUAAACCAAAAGAAAUUGAACAAAGAAAUCCGUUUUACGACCAAGGACAAAGUUUGAUCAGGUCCAGUCUAAUGAAACUUCAACAGGAAGAAAUUAAUACUUAUGAAUUCAAGUAUUUUUCGAACAAACCAAAGAAGGUUUUCAGUACAUCGUUUAGUAUAUCUUUGAGAAAUGAUAUUUUACGGUUUUCAGGAGAGGACACUCUUUUUACACCAACAUUUUUAGGAAAAAGAAUGACUGAGGAUGAAUCAUCAGAUGAAUCAUCUGAGGAAGGUACAAAGAUAAUUAUUGAAGUAGGCAGUAGUAGUGACGAAGAAGAGGAAUUUGCAUUUAAUGAAACAGAAGUUGAUGGUCGACCAAUUAUGGAAGCAAUGGAUUAUAGCAGUACUAGUGGAUCAGAUGAAGAGGAAAGCGAAGAAGAAGGAACAAGUGAAAGUGAUGAAGAAACAAUAUCUAGGACUAGUAGGAAACGCACUCUUGAUGAAAGAGUAACCUAUCCAACCUAUGAUAGAGACUCAUUCAAAUUCACUCCUAUUCAGACUAGUGAGGAAUUGUAUCAGGAACUUACCUUAAAGGAUUACCAAUUGGAAGCCAUCAACUUUUUAUUCAAUAAUUACUGUGAAAAUAGGCCAUCCUGUCUUGCCCAUGAAAUGGGUUUAGGAAAAACAAUUAUAUCACUUUCAACACUAAACAUAAUGUACAAGAAAUUAGGAGUAUUUGGACCAUUUUUGAUAGUUGUACCUUUAAUUACUUUGCCUAACUGGGAAAGAGAGGCAAAGAAAUGGUUGCCUCAAUUUAAAUGUCAUACAGCUUGGGGAACUGCUGUAAAUGGCACCAAAGCUAAAGCUCUUGAAGACACAUCUAAAUUAUAUUCUGAAUCAGUAUCUGAACAGACCCCUUUACUUGUAUUGACGACAUACGAAUUUUUGAAAGAAACUACUGUGACCAGAAAAAAAUGGGCUUGUGUUAUUUUCGAUGAAGCUCACAAACUCAAAUCUCAAAAAACUCAAGCAAGAAAAAACGCUGAGAAAUUGAAGAAGGAAUAUUUUUUUCUUUUAACUGGUACUCCAAUGCAGAAUUCUCCAGAAGAGCUAUGGAGCUUGUUGAAUUUACUGGAUCCCCGAGCGUUUCCUAGCUAUAAGUUAUUUGAGGAAAAAUAUGGAGAGUUGGAGACCGAAACUGCUAUUACAAACCUUAAAACAGCAAUUGCACCUUACUUGAUAAGAAAGACGAAAGCACAAGUUUUGCAUGCAGAAAUGCCACCAAAAGAAGAAAUCCUUAUUGAAAUUGAAUUGAGUUCAAUUCAAAAGUCUGUAUAUAGAGCUAUUGUUGAGAGAAAAGUGAACUUUUUUAGAAAACAGUUUGCCUCUAAACAAGAUUUAACAUACAUUGUAAAUAGUCUGAGAUAUUGUUGCAAUCACCCUUGUCUCAUAUCUGGAAUGGAAGAAUAUCUGAGAGAUGAACAAAAACGUGAUGAUAAGGGUAUUCUCAUUUAUAGCUCUUCUAAAAUGGUUGUGGUUCACAAACUUCUUAAGAAAUUUAGGGAUGCCAAUGAAAAGACAUUGAUACUCUCUCAAUUUUUGGAAAUGUUGGAUGUUUUGGAAAGUUAUUUACAAUCAGAACAAAUAUCAUAUGUUAGAAUAGAUGGAUCUUGCCCUUCAGAGGAACGACAACGUUACAUUGACAAAUUUCAAACAGAUUCUGAAUGUAGAGUUUUUCUACUCUCUACCAAAAUAAGUCAAGGUAUUAAUUUAACAGCUGCAAAUCAUGUGAUUAUUUAUGACUCUGAUUUUAAUCCUUUCAACGAUUCACAAGCAGCAGCAAGAGCUCAUAGAAUAGGUCAAACAAAGAAAGUAUUUGUUUACAGAUUGGUAACAAAGGAUUCCUAUGAAAAAUAUAUUAUUUCUAGGGCUAGUAAAAAGUUAGGAAGAGAAAAAUUAGUUUUGGCAGAAUCAGAUAAAUCAGAUGAAGAUAUUACUGCAGAAGAAAUGCAGAGAAUGAUAAAAUAUGGAGUCUACUCACUGUUUUUGAAUAAGGAACAAAAUAUCAAUAAGGACAAUGAAUUGAUGAACACAGAUAUUGAUAAGAUUCUGGAAAGAUCCAGUAAAAUUGGAGUUGAAGGAGAAGAGGAUGGUUCCUUAGUAGAUGUUAUUAAUCGAGUUACUGGUAAUGAUAAAUCAAUAGAAAAACAAACAUCGAACGAGGUUAUUAAGAGUGUAUACUUUGUUCCCGUAGAGGAGGUUAGUGAUGUUGCAUUAGAUGAUCCAAACUUUUGGGAUAAGACAUUUCCUGAUUACUGUGACAUUUAUACACUGGAAUCCAGAUUAGAAAAUGUUAAACCAUUUGAAGCUCAUGAAUUUGAGAGCUAUUUCAAAAAAUUGGUCCAUGUUGCGACCGAAUCUAUCAAUAGAAGACAAAAGGUUUCUGAAGAGACAGAGAAGCUCUCUCGAGUUGUUGAAGAAGACAAAAGAGGCUUGCCAACAAAAAAUCAAUUACAUACUUUUUUACUCAAACUUAACUCUCAAAGAUACAAUCACCACUAUCACAGUCUACAAAAAGAUCACCUAGACCAAGUUCAGAAAUGGAUAGAUCAACUAGAAACAAAAACUCUUAGAAAUAAGAAAGUGUGGGCUUCUAGUUCAGAUAACAUUAAGAAGCAGGAAAAAAGAUCUUCAUCCAAUGUUAAUGAUCAUUUAGAUUCUGAUGCUGAGUUUGAUGGAUCAGAUAGUGAUGAUGGAGAUAAUACUGAUGACGAAUUUGAGUGUGACCAGAAUGAAUUGGUGAGAGAAUCUGAAAGUUUACAUAACAUUAAUAUCAAGACUGCACCUCCCAAAAAGAAACAGAAAACAACCCGUAGUAAUAGAGGUAUUCGAGAGAAGUCUUCUGAAAAUGAAUCAGAAAGACCACACAAAAAACCAACAACUCAUAAGAAAGAACUCAAGUUUGAAAAAAGUCAAGUUUCAAAUCAUUUACCUCCACCAACAACAAGACAGGACACAAUGAAACAGCAACCAACAACAGGUUUUUGGCCCAGCCAUAUGCAGAACACUCCUCUUCAAUUGUUUCAUCCAGUGGAAGCUCCUCUACAAAUCCUUGUUCAGCACUAA